AUGAUCCAAGGCUGGAAGGCCGAUGGGAACCUGGCGGAGGCAGCAAACCUGCCGCCCUUGACGGAGGCGCAGAAGAACAAGCUGCGGCACCUCUCGGUGGUCACCCUGGCCGCCAAGAUCAAGUGCAUCCCCUACGCCGUGCUGCUGGAGCAGCUGCAGCUGAAGAACGUGCGGCAGCUGGAGGACCUCGUCAUCGAGGCCGUGUACGCCGACGUGCUGCGCGGGAGCCUGGACCAGCGGAACCAGCGCCUGGAGGUGGAUUACAGCAUUGGGAGGGACAUCCGGCGGGAGGAGCUAAGCACCAUCACCCGCACCUUGCAGGAGUGGUGCCAGGGUUGUGAAGUUGUCUUGUCAGGCAUUGAGGAACAGGUUAGCCGAGCCAACCAGCACAAAGAGCAACAGCUGGCGCUUAAGCAGCAGAUAGAGAGUGAGGUGGCAAAUCUGAAGAAGACAAUUAAAGUGACAACAGCAGCUGCUGCAGCAGCCACAUCCCAAGACCCAGAACAGCACCUAACAGAGCUCAGGGAGCCAGCCCCUGGCACCAACCAGCGCCAAGCUAGCAAGAAAACCUCCAAAGCCAAAGGGCUCCGGGGCAGCGCGAAGAUUUGGUCUAAAUCAAACUAGUUGAAUCUUCCUUCGCAACUGGGAGGGUGAGAGGUGAAGUAUAAAGAGCUAUAGAACUGUUGGUCACCCCAGCACCAGGUGGGCGUCGCAGAAGCUUGGAAGGAGGAUGCUGGUGCUCUGCAGUCGUUUGGCUCUGCCAGACCGCUGGGACGCUUUGCCCUGCGAUACAGCUGCCAGCUUUGACCGUUUUAUCUUCGUUUUGCUGGGCGGGAGGGUAGUUUUUGAAGGGAUUCUUUUAAAAAAUAUAUAAAUAUAUUAUAAAUAUCUAUAMACCAAUAAAAAUAUAGAUCUAUGGACAUAUCUAUACAAACUUGUGUUUUUGCAGUGGUAUUUCAUUAUUCCUCGUGCAUCCUCAUUCUGGAGGUAUCAGAAYAAUUUGUCACGCUGAAAGCCUCUCUUCCAUCAAUGUGAAGAAUGCCCUCAAAAUACUUCCUGCACAAAAGAGAAGGGCUGCAGCAGCUCUAUUGGGAUGAAGGUCCACAAAGCAGGGAUGAAUUGUAGCUCCUAUGUSAAGUGUUUCCAUUUAGGAUCUAUAACUGCUGUUGGUCUGGAGCAAAUCAAAGACUUUGGCCUUCCAGUCCUUCUGAGCUUUGAGUUCAGCUGUGUUGAAUGGAGAUGUCCUGCUGUGUGAUUUCCUUUGAAUUAUCARUGAAGAAUUUUGA